GCAUAAACAAACAUAGCCUAAUUUGGCAAACAGAAUUAGUUAUGAUGGCAUUACCAACAUGUUUUAUAGCUUUACUCUUUGCUUUAGCAUUGUUUUGUAGUGAAGUUAAGGCACUAAGCUCCGAUUACUACGACCAAACAUGCCCUAACGCAGAGUCAACGAUCACCAAAGUUGUCAAGAAUGCUAUGUUGAAUGAUAAAACAGUUCCAGCCGCGCUUUUAAGGAUGCAUUUCCAUGAUUGUUUCGUUAGAGGUUGUGAUGCUUCUGUGCUGCUGAACUCAACAAGAAACAACAAAGCAGAGAAAGAUGGACCUCCUAACAUCUCAUUGCACGCAUUUUAUGUCAUCGAUGUUGUUAAGAAACAAAUCGAGGACUUGUGUCCUGGAGUUGUCUCUUGUGCUGAUAUUGUUGCUCUCGCUGCUCGUGAUGCUGUUACUCUUUCUGGAGGUCCUAGUUGGGAAGUACCAAAAGGUCGAAAAGAUGGAAGAAUCUCUAAAGCUAUUGAAACGCGACAACUACCUUCUCCUACGUUCAACUUCUCUCAGCUCCAACAAAACUUUGGCCAAAGAGGCCUUUCUUUGGAUGAUUUGGUUGCACUUUCAGGAGGACAUACUCUUGGAUUCUCUCAUUGCUCUUCCUUCCAAAACAGAAUCCAUAAUUUCGACAAACGUCACAAUGUUGAUCCAACAUUACAAUCAUCAUUUGCAGCCAGUCUACAGAAUGUUUGUCCCGCGCACAACAAGGUCAGAAAUGCAGGCGCCACAAUGGAUUCUACAACAACUUUAUUCGACAACGCCUACUACAAACUACUAAUGAAUGGCAAGAGCCUUUUCACUUCAGAUGAAUCUCUACUCACAAAUUCAAGAACCAAAAGACUAGUUUCAAAGUAUGCUAACUCUCAAGACGAGUUCUUUAAAGCGUUUGCCAAUUCUAUGAUCAAGAUGAGUAGUAUCAACGGUAACGGACAAGAAGUUAGACUAGACUGCAGAUUUGUUAGGUGAUGAAGAACUUUAGUUUGUUUGAUUUUCUUGAUUGUUCAAGUCUGUUUUUUAUUCUGAGCAAAAGACAUAUUAAUCUUGUUUCCUAA